UCCCUUCAUCGAAACUUUGACGUGUAAACUAUUUGGAUGUAGAAAUUUUUACAACCUUUAAAAAUGUGGACGUUUCUCGUGGUUUUAGCCGUUUUGUGCGGUUCAUCGAAAUCCGAAUCGAUAAAUAAGAAUCUGGUAAAUAAAAACAUCGAGAGAAUAAUCGACCUCUCAUCGCAAUUAGUGAAGAUAACCUCAACUAUAACCUUAGAAAAUACCGGCACCGAUCCCGUGCUGGCUUUCCACGUUUACACAGAACCCAACACCAUCGGAUCACUUUCGUUCAUCUCAGCCCGAGAUUCCGAUAAAACCGAGUUGAAAUUGACGAAGAUUAAGGAUGGUGAGGAUACCUACAAAGUAAAAUUAAAUUCGCCAUUAAAUGCUGGACGUUCUACCAAUGUGGUCAUCGAAUACGUUUACACCAACGCUUUAACGCCUUAUCCCGUAUCAAUCACCCAAAAAGAUAGACAAUUGGUACGCUAUUUUGGGAGUCAUUAUUUUUAUUCACCUUAUAAAACCACCAAACAAAGUACAACAUUAACAUUAAAUUCUCGCGCAAUUGAGAGUUACACAAAAUUAAAACCGGUGAGCCAAUCUGAUUCUACAAUUAAUUAUGGGCCUUAUCAUAACAUAGAAAGUUUAACCCAUGAUCAAAUGACUGUUCAUUUUGAAAGUAACGCGCCGUUUUUGUCGGUAACCCGCAUCGAAAGAUUAAUUGAAAUUUCUCAUUGGGGUAACAUAGCCGUACAAGAAAAUAUUGAAAUUUUGCAUUCAGGCGCGAAAUUAAAAGGGGCUUUUUCACGUUAUGAUUAUCAAAGAGAUACAAGUGGAUCCCACCAUAGCAUCAAAUCUUAUCAUACAGCUUUACCAGCUGCAGCCCAUAGCAUUUAUUAUCGGGAUAGCAAUGGAAAUAUUUCAACUUCGCAAGUUCGUAUUAAGAAGGAUUGGAUUGAAUUGGAGUUGCGCCCGAGAUUUCCACUUUUUGGAGGAUGGAAAAGUUCUUACACUUUAGGAUAUAGCGUUCCGAGUUAUCAAUAUUUAAUGAAAUCGGCUUCUGGACAAUAUUUGUUGAGAAUGCGCCUUUUGGAUCACGUUUUUGAUGAUAUGUAUGUUAAGGAAUUGGAAACGAGCAUCGUUUUGCCGAUUGGAGUUCAAAAUAUUAAAUUAAAUUUGCCGUACGAUGUUGAACGCCUUCCUGACACUGUUACUCAUAAAUAUUUGGAUACCAUGGGAAGGAAAGUGAUUAAUAUAAGAAAAACAAAUCUCGUUGAGCAACAUAUACAAGAUUUAGAAAUUAUUUAUAAUGCACCGAAAAUUGUUAUUUGA